UAUAAAACCAAACCUUAAGCUUUUUUCCGAUUCACUCACUCACUUACCUUCAAAUAUAUCUGAUAGAUAGUAAAGUAAGAGAUGGGUGUGGGAAGAGGCAGUGCAAUAGUGCUACUUCUAUGCUUCUUAGUGCUUCACUCUGAGAUGGCUUCUGCUGCCACUUACAUCGUUGGAGGUUCAGGUGGCUGGACUUUUAACCUUGUUGGCUGGCCCAAAGGAAAGCGCUUUAGAGCCGGUGACACACUUGUAUUCAAUUAUAGCCCCGCGGCUCACAAUGUGGUGGCGGUGAACAAUGUUGGGUAUAGUGGCUGCACGACUCCAAGAGGAGCCAAAGUGUAUCGAUCAGGAAAGGAUCAGAUAAGACUGGCUAAGGGACAGAACUACUUCAUCUGCAAUUUUCCCGGUCACUGUCAGGCUGGAAUGAAAAUCGCCAUCAACGCUGCCUGAGUUUUACACUCCAUUUUUCCUAAGUCAUUAUCUGUUUCUGUCAUUCCCUACUCCUCAGUGUUGUGUUUGCAAGGUUGUG